GAUUGUUGCUAACAACGUUUCAUGUCGAAAUUAGCCGCAGAUUGUGGGGCACGAGUCGGUUCCAACCCUCACCGAAUCUGUGCGCCAGUGUGCUUUCAACCUCCAAUGAAGAUUACCAGAAGCUGAAGAGCAAUAUGUCUUUCUGCAAGCAUACUGCAGCCUUCUGGACUGUGCAGCAACCUCAAUAACACUGGAUAAUCAACAAAUGCAGAGAAGUAUUCUGCUUUUUUUCUCCUGAGAGAAUCUUGAAGCAUACAAUGCCUCGUGGGAGUGCAUCAAGUAACCGUUCGAAUGGGAGUGAUGGAGACAUGGAAGUGCUUGCGGAAAGUGAGCUGGCAAAGCUGCAGCAUCAGUUUCGAAUCAUGGAGGGAGAUCGCCAGGCCUAUACGCUUGAAUCACAGGAGCUGCUUAGGAAGCAGGUGGCAGAAAUUGAAAAACUGAAAAAGGAUCGCGAGGAGUUAAUGCUAAACUUGGGGCUUUUAGAGAACAAACAGUACCGACAGCAGGACCAAGAGGACGUGGAAAGUAUUCAGAACAGCCUGAGCAACCAGGAGAAGCUGGAGGAACAAAUUGCCAAUGAAAAGCAAACAAUCAAGGGUCUGGAAGCGGAGAUAAAGGUCUUGGAGCAAAAAAUCCUUGAGCAGAAGAAAGGACUGAGUAAAGGUAUUAAUGUUAAAGCAAUGAAUGAACACCUAAAGAAGAGCAUUGGGAUCAUGGAGAACCGUCUGGACAGGGCACUGAGGAAAUUCAAUACCCAGCUCAUGAAAAACGGGCAGCUAAGAGAACAGAUUGACACACUGCGUGUUGAGCGCAGAAGAUUUGAGCAACUCCACAGAAAGCUAGAAAAAGAUCUUCUUGAGACUCGAAAAGAAAUUGGCUCUGUGAUUGAUACUUCGACUGCCGCCUACGAUGCCAGGGAUGAGGCACAGACAAAGAUGCUUCAACUAAAGGAGAAGGGGGAGAAGGAUAUGUCACUGCACACAGCUGAGAUGAAGGAACUCCAGCGAGUGAUCGACCAUGAUAAAAAGCUGAAGGAGUUCAUGGGAAUUAAAGCCCAGGAGCACCCUAGUGAACAUGAAGCUUUACAUGGCACCUAUAAGCAAGAACAGGAUGAUCCAGCAAGGAAGAGGAAGGACCCAAAAGAGGAAACAAUUGAGAUGUAUGAGGCUGUCUUCCAGCAGAUCCGAGCUCUCACUGGGGAAGACAACUUGGACGCGAUGGUCACAAUGUUUGUUGAAGUGGAAGAUCGUAACUUUGCAUUGUUUAAUUACGUCAAUGAACAGAACAGUAAGAUCGAGAAACUACAGGAGGAAAUUGCUGAGAUCCAACUACAGACUGAAGCCUUCAAAUCACAGGAGAUGCAACUGGAAGAAGAUUGCAAACGUGUUCUGAAGAAGACUGAAACUCAGCAGGAGGAAGUGAGCAAACAGUGUGAGUUAUAUGAGAGCAGACUAACAGCAGGCAAGAAAAUACUGGAUCAACUCAAAACUGGAAUUGAAUCAUUGUUUAAUCAGAUAAACUGUGAUCGCUCAAUUUUGGAUGAGAUGUUGGGAUCGUCAUCUGGAAUCCGAGAUAACAAUGUGAUGCAGUAUCUGGGCCUCAUUGAGCAACGUACCAAUGAGUUGUUAUCCAUUCAAUCCUAUCUUUCAUCCAAGGAUUAUGACAAGCCAUAUGACCCGCGGAAAACUGCUAUGCUGCUGCUGGGCCAGAGCUUAGAAAAACCCACCCAGCCGGUCUACAUUGAACCACCUACUACAGGAAAUGAUGACAGUGAUGCAGACUCUUCGGUCACCGAUGAGGAGCGGCCCCUCACUCAGAAUGAGCUACGGCAAAGGAUAAUGAAAGGAGUGAUGAAGAAAGAAGCAAGGGCAUUGAAGAAAAGCAUUCAAUUUGACCGCUCUCUUCAAAAAUCCUAAAACCUUCAAAAGACCAGUCUUCAGUUGAAAACUGCUCAAGAUGAUCAUACUUGCAUGAUUUACUACACUGUUUACAUAGGUUCCUUUACUUAAACCAUUUACUUUUCUGUCUAGUGUUCUUCCUUCUGUAUUACAUUGGCAAUAUUGCUUGCACUGCAUUUCUUUUCAU